AUGAACAAGCAGAUCGGAAAUUCGAGUCCGCCGGCGGGCAUUCCAAGCGAGCGACCCCGCCCCUCUUCGGAGGGCAAGCCCCAUUCGUAUACGGCGGGGGGCAAAGACUGCUUCGUAGGCCAGCAAGAUGCUGGCCUUCGUGAACACGACCAAGGCUUUGAAAACGGAUCAGAUUUAGGAUUAAGUUCGAAUGUUAGGGAGAUGAGAAGUGGAAGGAAGAUGGAACGAGUUCCGGGAAGGUUAGAGCGGGAAACGAGAGUAAGUCUCUCGAGACUGCCUAUCGGGCGGGACGCGCUAGUGGUGCUCCCCGGCCCGAGUGGGAAGGUGGCGACGAGCGAUGGAGAGGACACGGAGGGCUCCAUCGUUUCUAUGAGGUCGGCGGUUUCAGUUGGCUCCGGAGUUACUCGCGCUACAAAGCGUGCAAGACUGCCGGGGACUGCAACGAAUGGAGGAUCGCCAAAGUCGAAACGUAAGUCUCGACCCAGACCGAGACCUGAGAUUGUGAUAGACGACAACGACCCCUAUCUUUCCUCGGUGUCAGUGUCGUCCACACGAUCUAAGGACACUCUGCCCAGUGUGGAGGACCUGGCGAUGGAGAUGAAGGAGCAGCCGGUGGCCGAUCUAGGUGCUCGAAUCCUCGAGUCCAUGGAGACGGUCACCAAAGUCGCAGAUCACUCCAAAAAUCUCAAGGGCAACUUUGUGCGUUGUCUGAGGUUGGCGGCUAUCACGGCAAAGGCUGCGGCUGGCGAAAUGGCGCAAAGAACGUCGUCAUUCGGUAGCGAGGGAUGGCUGGAGAGGGAGAACGCUAGUCUGCGCUCCAAACUCUCGGGUAUGGAAGAAAGACUCAAGACCCUGCAGGCUGAGAUGGAGUCUCUCCGCCAGCGGGAGCGCGCGCCUCCAAGACCAGAGGUAAGAAGACAGCCCGCCAAGGGCGCCGAUGAAAUCCUAAUGGAUCGCAUCGGAGCCCUUGUCGAAAACAAGCUGGCUGCCUUCAAGGCAGAAUUGCUCCCAGGCCGAGCCAUCAGGCCGCCCCUGGGCAAGAGGCCGGUGACCAGUGACGCUCCUGCAGCGCCCUCACCAGCCCAGCCGCCAAAGCCGAGUAGGGGCUCUGAUGAAAUCCUGAUGGAGGUCCGCAGACCGAUUCCGAGGACGGCUCCAGUCGCUUCAGCAGUGGCGCCCACACCAGCGGCGCCCAAGAAGAAGAAAAAGAAGAAGAAGUUCAAAAAGAAAGGAGAGAGAGGCACCAACCUGCAGCCGCCGCCAGCGCCGAAGGGUGCUCCGGCAGUGGCGAUGGCAGUAGCGGGUCCCUCGGGUCUUCAAACCCGUUCUUGGGCCCAGGUCGUGCGCAAAAAGCCUGCCUCUCGACCAUCUGAGACGGCAACUGCUUCUAAGCCCAAACCGGCCAAGACGCAAAAGCCAGCACAACAGGCGAGAGGUACGAAGGCCACACCAGCUCGGCCCCCCACGACUGCUGUCGUAACUGUAACUGUCCCCGAGGGGGCAGCUACUACCUACGCUGCGGUAAUGGGUGCGGCAAAACAGCGCGUGAACCUCGCAGAGUGUGGGAUCACCGAGCUUAGGCAGAGGAGGGCUGCGACCGGUGGGCUGAUCUUACAGGUUCCUGGCCCCGACAGCGCUAAAAAGGCGGAUGAACUGGCUGCGCGCCUGCGCAGCACCCUUGCGGAUAUGGACGUGCACAUACUGCGCCCGGUGAAGACUGGCGAGAUCAGAGUGGCAGACUUUGACGAGUCUGUAACUCCGGCUGACAUCGCCUCUGCAAUAGCGGACCAGGGGGGUUGUUCGCAGGACGAUGUCAAAGUCGGAGAGAUCCGCCUUUCUUCACGGAAAAUGGGAACUGCAUGGGUCAGGUGCCCACUCGCCGCUAUCCGCAAGCUUGCGAACACGGCGAGAUUGAAGGUGGGGUGGGCUUCGGCGCGUGUCCAGGUGUUAACGGCCAGACCGUUGCAAUGUUACAAAUGCCUGGAGAUGGGACAUUGCAAUCUGAACCACUGCCGCGCAGCUCAAGACCUGCUGCUACAGACGCUCGCGGAGUGGUCGAUUGCACUCACAGUUGUUGCAGAACCCUUCCGCGUUCCGGACCAUCCUCGAUGGUUCCCAGGCGACGGCGGUUCUGUGGCUAUUCAUUGGGGAGGAGGACGUAGCGAUCCUCCCUGUUCCCUGCUUUGCAGUGGACAGGGAUUCGUCGCAGUGGAAUGGGGGCAUUUGGCGGUGGUCGGAUGCUACAUCUCGCCCAAUUGUCGCCUCGAAGCAUUCGAGUCUUACCUGGACUCGGUGGCAAACUGCAUCCGCAGCUGCCGCCCUCGUCCGGUGCUUGUGCUGGGGGAUUUCAAUGCCCACGCCAGACAAUGGGGAUGUGCUCGGGACACACCAAGGGGCGAGACUCUGCAGGAGUGGGCGGACGGACUAGACCUGCGUUUGCUAAACCAGGGGUCCGUAAGCACCUGUGUGCGGUGGCAGGGGGAGUCGGUCGUCGACUUGUCGUGGGCGACUCCCGCUGCAGCGCGCCUAGUGUCCGGUUGGCGAGUGGCGGAGGAGCUGGUCACUCUCUCCGACCACAGACACAUCGUCAUCGAGGUCUCAAUUCGCCCACCGGAACGCUCUCAGAGAGAUGAAGGCCUUCCGCGCCGCUGGUCCCUCAAGCAACUUGAUCCGGACCUCUUCGUUGCGGCCGCCAAUGUCGCCUUGUGGCCAGAGGAAGGGAUUUUCAGAGACCCUGAACAGGAAGCGUCUUGGUUCCGGAGCACGAUGACGUCUAUAUGUGACGCAUCGAUGCCUCGUGUAAGGGCCCUGAACCGAAAGAGGGUGUACUGGUGGUCAGAGGAAUGCGCGCAACUGCGAACAACAUGCCUCCGAGCCCGACGCCGGUACACCCGAACAAGGAGAAGACGACGAGCGACGUCAGAAGAGGUUGACGAGGCCUACGCAUCGUACCGAGCAGCGACGAAGGCGUUCCAGUACGCUGUCUCGGAUGCAAAGGCUCGAGCUUGGCAUGAGCUCUUAGACGAUCUCAGCAGGGACCCAUGGGGCCGCCCAUACAAAAUCGUAUUGGGCAAGCUCCGGCCAUGGGUGCCUCCACUGACAGAGACGAUGGACUCAGCUCUACUGGAGACGGUGAUUGACGCACUGUUUCCCAGAGUCCAGAACGGCACUCUCGCCGCCUCGACUUCUGCGGAACCAACAGAUUGGUCCCCACAGCUCGAAGUGUCGCAAGACGAGCUCGACCGAGCUGUUAAACGGCUCAGAGCCAAGAACACCGCCCCAGGCCCAGACGGAAUACCGGGUCGGGCCUGGGUGCUGGCUCUAACCGUUCUAAGGGACAGACUGAGGCAACUUUUCACCUCUUGCCUCCGUCAGGGUCUUUUCCCCUCCGAGUGGAAGGACUCAAGUCUGGUCCUUUUAAGGAAGGAAGGCAGGGCUGCAGACUCUCCCUCUGCAUACCGUCCCAUAUGCCUACUCGACGAGAUCGGCAAACUAUUCAAACGAAUAGUGGCCGAUCGCAUCGUCGAACAUCUCGUGUUGGAGGGCCCCAACCUUUCGGAGUGCCAGUUCGGCUUCCGACGAGGUCAAUCGACAGUGGACGCGAUCCUUCGCGUCCGCUCUCUGUCGGAUGAGGCCGUGAGCGAGGGCGGGGUGUCGUUGGCAAUAAGUCUAGAUAUUGUCAACGCUUUCAACUCCCUGCCCUGGCAGGCAAUUAGGGAGGCCCUGGUGUAUCACCAAGUACCUCCCUAUCUCCGAGGGAUAGUUGGUGCCUAUCUUCAAGACAGGCAUAUAACAUACAUGGGACGGGAUGCCGAGGUCCAUCGGAGACCUGUCUAUUGCGGGGUUCCACAGGGGUCCGUUUUAGGUCCUCUGCUCUGGAAUCUUGCCUAUGACUCAGUCCUGCGAGCCGACCUCCCCGCUGGUGUUCAUGUCGUCUGCUACGCGGACGACACGCUUGUGCUGGCAAACGGGGACAACUUUGAGUCGACGACUCGACUUGCCGAGUUGGGGGUGGCAUGUGUUACCCGGAAAAUACACGGUCUUGGCCUCCAGUUAGCGCCGCACAAGACCGAGGCGCUGUGGUUCCACAACCUCUCACGGGGUGAGGAGCCACCAGACUCGUCGAUCCGCGUCGGCGAUGUCCAAGUUCCGAUCAGAAGGCAAAUAAAAUACCUUGGCCUUAUUCUGGACGGCCGGUGGGAUUUCCGGGAACACCACAACCGCCUAUACCCCAGGAUCGAGAAAGUGAUCGGAGCCCUUCACCGCAUUCUUCCCAACCUCGGCGGGCCGAGAGAGGGAGUCCGGCGUCUCUACGCCGGGGUAGUGCGUUCGUUCGAUGGCACUCUACGGUGCGCCUGUCUGGGCCCCUAG